AUGGAAUUGGGGGUAGGCAACAUCCAUGAUCAGAAUGACAGCAUUCCUACCAAUGUCGGUGAAGGAUCAGACGACAGCAUGGAGGUGGCAGCAUUAAGUCGACAAACUGCACUUGAAAACCACAAGUUGCAGAAACAGCUGGAGCGGCAAAAGUACGAACACGAACAGCAACAACUACAACUGAGGCAAGAGCAGCUAAGACAGCAGGAGCAACUCAGGUGGCAGCAACAUCAGCUACAACUGCAACAGGAACAACUGAUGCAACAAGAGCAUGUGCGAAGCAUGAGACAGCAACAGCAGAUACGAAAUCAAAAGCUACAUCACCAGCAAAGGCACCAGUACCAAAUGCAGCAGAAACAACUUCGGGAACAGCAGCAAAUGCUAGAACGACAAUACCAACAACAGCAAAGCGAACAACAAGACGGGAUCAAGCGGCACUUGGAGACACAGCGACAGCAGCAGGAAGAGAUGCGACAGAGGGAACAGCAAAAGGAGGAAAGAAAAGAGGAACGAAGGUCGUUGCUAGCACCCAAGCUGAGACGGGGUCGGUGGCAGCGGCAUCAGCAAUUGUUGCAUCAGUUGGAUGACGAAGAAGAAAGCUUGUAUGAUCUUCGCAAGACAAUCACGGUUAGACGAAAUGCACCAUCAUCUGAUGCCUCUGUUGCCAGUAUGAUUCUACAAAAUGUGACGGGGGAAGCUUCAUUUGGGGGUCAUCAUCAUCGCCAGGGGGUAACAAUAGAUGUACGGGCCGUGUCGGAGGCACUAUCCUUUCUGGACAGGGCCAGCAGGCUUCAGAUACCCGAACACUUGGCUGCGACGUUGGAGAUACUUUCCAAGACGCCCCGGGGGGAAAAGGAACAGAUUGUUCGAAAGGCGAUUGCUGUUCGCCAGGGGAGAAAGGUCUAUGGGGACGACUAUGAUUCGUUGCAGCAGUCCUUCUCCAAACUAUCAUACUCGUCGGGGUUCACAACAAGCUACCAACCAGUUGUGGCUCCAAACUCCAGCAGUUUUGGGUUACUACAAAAACCGACAAGCCAAACCAAGCAAAGCAAGACUUCGGCAUUGUCCGUAUCCAGCAGCUCGUCAAGAUCAUUGGGGCCAAAGUCAACGAUCACUUCUCCACAAGGCAGUGAUACAAGCGAUCUUGAAUCAUAUGCUUCUCGUAGGGAAGCCAAGAGAGAACCACCCACCCGUCCUCAGGAAACACUGACAGAGGGGAUCAAACCUUCUCAUCAAAAGGAUGAAGAAACUGCUCACUCGUACAUGCCCACUCACCUCAAGGAAGCAAUCGCGGAACCUUUCGAUUCUAUGCAUCAAAGAGAACCAAGCGUGGAAUCGUCAUACCCGUCUCCUCCACUGCAAAGAGAACCAAGCGUGGGCUCGCCGUACCCAUCGCUUCACAAAACGGGACAUAUUGUGGAGUCAUACACAUCUACGCAUCAGAGAGAACCAAGCGUAGAGUCGCACUAUCCGUCGCCUCCACAAAUGGAACCACUGGAAUCGUACGCACCGCCUGAACAAAGGGAACCAAGUGUGGGCUCGUACCCAUCCCCUCGUCCAAGAGAACCAAGCGUGGAAUCGUACCUUCAUCGAAAGGAGCCAGCUCUAGAUCCGUACACUGAUAACCAAAGACAACACGUUGCGGAGUCUGUUUCUCCUCCUGCCAGCAGAAAACCCAAAAAGGAUCCCAGUACCAGGAACAGCAGAAAUUUGGCUCUGAGUCCCCUUGAAACGGGCUUCAGGAGAGAAGCCGAUUUCAAUUAUAAGCAAAAAUCGCAAGAUCCCGAGGAAGAGAGAAUGCAGGAGUACCAAGAGUACGAAGAGUACCCGGAAUCCCCAGACAUUAGUGCGAAUCCAACGCCUCUUCACGGAAUGUCCAUCCCAGGAUUAGCAACAGAAUCUUACAAAUCGGAGGGUGCAGAGCGUCACCGCCAUCAUGGGGCAGUUGUACCAAAUGCGGCGACUCCUCUCCACAGGAAUGUAGGCGUGCGCAACACCAACGAGAGGGAUCCGCUCUCUCCUACGUUUGGCCUUUCCGCAGAUUCAGAAGACGUGCCAACAGUGGAGCUUGGAGAAAUGAUAAGCCCGUCUACGAUUGGGGUCUCUCUGGGCACCUCUGCAGCAGGGGAGGACAUGUCCUUUCCCAGUCUUAAAAUCAGUGAAGCAAUUUCACUACCAAGCAAGAGCAAGCCCGGACAUGCCAUGCGGCGCGAACCAAGUCCCAGCCCCAGUGACGUCUUGAUGACAUACACGGUAACAGAAAACGGGGAGGACUCGAGUUUCUCGGGGUCUAAUCCAAAAAGUCGGUUCGAUUCAGGGAAGUCCUCGGCUCAAUCCAGAGGGAAACAGCCCCUUGGAACGAGAGCAGAUCUAAUUCGUCAAAAGAUUGGCCAUCAGCCCGACAGCCGACACAGCCGACCCAGCCACCAUACUCGUACAAGUCGGCAGCAGUCAUCCAAGGCGGAAAGUCGUGAAAGAAGUCGAUCGUCAUCGAACAAUAGCCGAGUGCAGAGCUCGAAAGUUCUACGUUCGCCCUCGCCUGUAAAUAAUGGAAGCGAACCUCCGUUCCUUCCACCUUCAAGUCGCCGGAGUCUCUAUGACCAGGCAUCAACUGGGGCUAGGGGUGAGAGCGAUCGCCAUUCUUCUGACAGCAAGUCUAGCAACGAUGAAAGAAUCGCUCAACGCGUUGCAAGAGACUCACCAAAAAGAAAACCAAGCGAUCCAAAAAGAAAUGAUAGAUCCUUGUCAAGAAGUCGGAACAGAAUGUUUGACGGUGACAGGAGGCCGCCGCACACUGAAAAUAAUUCUGAAUACAGAGAGAUUACCAUUAAAGGCAGCAGAUCUCAUGACUCGGAGAAGUAUGAAGUCGAAGGUAUGGGUUAUGCAUCCGAUGAGGGCACUCGGGGAGUCAGCAUUAGCAAUGUGACCCCGUUGACACCUUCGACAAACAGAAGUGGGUCGGUCGAAAGACGAAAACAUCCCAUCAGCACCGACCACAAACGCGGCAAAUCUAAGGAGUCUCGUCAACGUGAAAUUGGAAGCAAUGCUGAGGAAUACAGAUCUUCGAGCAGACGAAGCAGGUCCAUUGAGAUUGACACGAGAGCCGCCCCAGAUGAAUUUGAGGAGUCCCUACCGUCCCACGAUAUUCGUAAAGACAGAGGAAGAACUCGGCAGGACGCCUCGACACGAGGAAAAGUCGACAUUCCUUAUAGGGCUAGUAGUAGGAGCAAAUCAAGAGAUGUCCCUCGAAUCCCAAGACACGGUAAGAACCCUUUGGAGGAUUCCUUCAGAGAUGAUCGAAAUCAAUACGACACUUCUUCGUUGAACUCGAGUGAGGGGAGGCCUAUUGGGCCUAGUAGCGGUGUCCAUCAUGACAAGUACGAAAGACCGAUUGAUCCACGCGAUUUCGAAGAAGAUGAGUCCAGACCCCAAAGGAUAGAGCCCGUGGGGAGACCGACUAGAGCUCCAAGAGACCCCUCUCAAAGAGGGCAAAAUCCUCGCUUUGACGAAGGGCCAGACGAAGCCCAAGAAUACGACCAGGAUGAAGAGGACACCAGCACCCUUGAAAGUGGCAUCAGAUCCGUUGGGAACUACAGAACCACCAAAGGCAACAAGGCGGCGAAGGCUAUGGCGUAUGAUCUCGACGCACCGCUCAGCUACGAAGAAGAAACUUCGACUUUCGGGGAGUCCACGAAGCGCAAUGAUGGCUAUCAUCACAACCACCACCACCACCAGCAUCAGGCGAACGACAAAUAUCAUCCUAGAAUGGACGAUUACGAGGCCAACAACGAGAGUAUGGGAGGUUCAAGAGCAGAGGAACGAGAGGGCCAAUCCAUUCCCUCGAAGGGAACGGAUCAGUCUUUGUUGGGUAUGGGGAUCGCAGAGCAGCAUUCUUAUAUUGUCGAGAAGGGAGCCGAGUCAUACUUUAUGGACAUUAGAGCGUUGGGUGGUCACCAUCACCCCAUUCACCACGAGGCGCCCUCUUCAGUGGUGGUGCAAGCUCCGGCCAAUGUGAAUGCCAGUACAAUUCGAUCUGCGUAUGCCACCAUGAACAAGGUACUGGGCAAGGAUCGAUAUUCACCCGUUGGCGUUCACGGGAAGAAAACGAAAACAGGAGGACGUCCGUCGUUGUUUGGCGGAAAGAAGAAGAGGAGGCCAACAAUCGAGGAUGAGGAAGACUUGGACAGAUGGUUGGAAACCGCCAUGGCCAGCAAAUCAGUUGACGAUGGUUGCGGCAUUGACGCUCGCCAAUUUGGUGAAGGGGAUGAGGCUGAUCUAGAUGCUUGGCUAGACAAUGUCAUUUGUCGGUGA